AGGAGGAGGAGGAGGAGGAGGAGGAGGAAGGCGGCGGUGGCGGCGGCGGGGAAAGCAGAGGGAAGGACGGGGGCGGCGUCGGACUGGAGCCGAGCGGCGGCGCGAGCUGCCCAGGGCGCGGUCGAGUGCUCGCCCGCCGGGCCCCCACCCCCGAACUACACCCUGCCGUGCUCAGCUCUGCCCGCAUUCGUGCCCCCGCGGGGAGCGCGCCGGGGCUGCCCCCCGAAUGACGGGCGGAAGGUUCGACUUCGACGAUGGCGGCACCUACUGCGGCGGCUGGGAGGAGGGCAAGGCGCAUGGGCACGGCAUCUGCACGGGGCCCAAGGGCCAGGGCGAGUACUCGGGCUCCUGGUCGCACGGCUUCGAGGUGGUCGGAGGCUACACCUGGCCCAGCGGCAACACCUACCAGGGCUACUGGGCUCAGGGCAAGCGGCACGGGCUGGGGGUGGAGACGAAGGGCAAGUGGAUGUAUCGGGGGGAGUGGUCACAUGGUUUCAAGGGGCGCUACGGGGUCCGGCAGAGCCUGUGCACCCCCGCUCGCUACGAGGGUACCUGGAGUAACGGGCUGCAGGACGGGUAUGGCGUGGAGACCUACGGGGACGGAGGUACCUACCAGGGCCAGUGGGCUGGUGGCAUGCGGCAUGGCUACGGAGUGCGCCAGAGCGUGCCUUAUGGCAUGGCCACGGUGAUUCGCUCGCCCCUGCGCACCUCGCUGGCCUCCCUGCGCAGUGAGCAGAGCAAUGGCAGCGUGCUCCACGAUGCAGCGGCUGCUGCCGACAGUCCAGCCGGCACCCGCGGUGGCUUUGUGCUCAACUUCCACGCCGAUGCGGAGCUCCCCGGAAAGAAGAAGGGAGGCCUCUUCCGCAGGGGCUCCCUUCUUGGGAGCAUGAAAAUCCGCAAGUCCGAAUCCAAGUCUUCCAUCUCCAGCAAGCGCAGCUCAGUCCGGAGCGAUGCGGCCAUGAGCAGAAUUAGCUCCAGCGAUGCCAACUCCACCAUCAGCUUUGGUGAUGUCGACUGCGACUUUUGCCCUGUGGAAGACCAUGUGGACGCCACUACCACAGAAACCUACAUGGGUGAAUGGAAGAAUGACAAACGCAAUGGUUUCGGCAUCAGCGAGCGCUCCAAUGGCAUGAAGUACGAGGGCGAGUGGGUCAACAACAAGAGGCAUGGCUACGGCUGCACCGUGUUUCCUGAUGGCUCCAAGGAAGAGGGGAAAUACAAAAAUAAUAUUUUGGUCCGUGGAAUAAGGAAGCAGCUUAUACCAAUAAGAAAUACAAAAACUAGGGAGAAGGUGGAUAGAGCUAUCGAAGGCGCACAAAGGGCAGCAGCCAUGGCAAGAACCAAAGUGGAAAUAGCCAAUUCAAGGACUGCACACGCCAGAGCCAAAGCUGAUGCUGCGGACCAGGCUGCUCUGGCUGCCCGCCAGGAGAGCGACAUUGCAAGAGCUGUAGCCAGGGAGCUGUCGCCUGACUUCUACCAACCAGGCCCAGAUUAUAUCAAACAGAGAUUUCAGGAAGGUGUAGAUGCUAAAGAAAAUCCAGAAGAAAAGGUACCAGAAAAGCCACCUACACCAAAGGAAUCUCCUCAUUUUUAUCGCAAAGGUACCACACCCCCAAGGUCUCCUGAGGCAAGUCCCAAACAAAGGCACUCUCCCCAGCCAUCCCCACAGCCUGCAAGGAAGCAGAACCCCAGCCCAGGGGCCAGACUCAACCGAGACAUACGGAAUGUGGCUGAUGAGCAGGUGACAGCAGUCAUCAACAAGCCAUUGAUGUCAAAGGCUCCCUCAAAGGAGAUGGGAGCCAUCAUGCCCCAGUCCAAGUACUCUGGCCGCCACCAUGUCCCCAACCCCAGUAACGGGGAGCUACAUUCUCAGUACCAUGGCUAUUAUGUGAAACUGAACGCUCCCAAGCACCCUCCCGAAGAUGUGCAGGAAGAUGAAGGAUCCGGCCACUCUUCCUCAGCACUGGUGCACAAGCCAUCACCCAACAAGUGGAGCCCCCCUAAAUCUGUGACAAAACCAGUUGCCAAAGAAAGCAAAGCUGAGCCAAAAGCCAAGAAGUCUGAACUUGCUAUACCAAAGAAUCCAGCGAGCAACAAUUCAUGCGCUUCUUUGGAAAAAGAAGCCAAUUCGGGCCCUAAUUCAGUCAUGAUCAUCCUUGUCAUGCUGUUGAAUAUCGGAUUGGCCAUCCUCUUUGUUCACUUUCUAACUUGACUGGAGUUAGGAAAGGCCCAUCCGGCAAAGUUCUUGGCAUCGGCUACUCCAUCUGUCCUAGCAGAGUGUGACUAAACUGGAAAUGUAUGGAGCUGCGUUUUUUUUUGUUGUUGAUGGAAGUCAACAGCUGCCUUACUAUUUUACCAUCUGACGUUUUCAGUAGGGAGCUGGGGAAACAAACGAGCUGGAGGAAUGCGGCCCGAGGAUUGUGUUGCUGCGCCACUUUUCCAACAUUCACUCCUGUCUCAUUACAAGAACGAGGUAGCAGCAUCACUCAGCAGUCUUAUGCCAUGACCUGCUGCUUUAACGUCUCCCGGAACAUUCUGGGAAAAACGUUGCGUUUGCUUGUGCACGACUAUUUUUGCUGUUUAUUUAAAUAUGAUGUAUGGUCACCUACCCUGUGUGGUCCUGGCCAGAUGAGACACACAUGUUGCAUCUCAAGGAAAAGAAACAACAAAAUUCUAGAGAAAUGUGUUGAUUUUGACAGCAAUACAUCAUUUUUUAUGUCAUGUAGUCUUCCUAAACCUUUGGUGAAAGGCUGUUUAUCUUUAAAAUUUAGCAAUUUGAAAGCAUUAUACCUUCCUAAGAAACAAUUUAAUUUUAAAUAUUUUUAAUGUUACUAAAUGAAUUAUUAUGCACUUAUGAGGUGCUCAACUUUAAAAGCUGAAAGACAACAGAAUUCUAAGAAGUCAGAAUGUUGCAUGGGUUGCAGUAAUCGGUGUUUAAAAGAUUCAGUUUCAUUGCUGACGUACUUUACAACCAAAUAAAAUCUUGUCGGUAGCUAUGUUAAUUCCCAUGAAAGUUAAGCAAGAUGCUAUUAAUAACUGCUCUUUUUUUCCCAACUGAAUAUUUUGUUGAAUACAUUCAGGUAGAGAAUAAAGCUUUGUGAAAUCACUGCUUCUCAAUUUUAUGCCUUAUGUAUUUUUCAAAGUCCUUUUAAAAUUUUAUUUCACAUCUUAAAGGCUUAGACAUUUUUGUUUAAGUAUUUGUCCUUCACAGUCCUUUGUUAUUCUGACAAUCUGAUUUUUUGCUGUUUUAUAAUUAAUCCUUUAUUACUCAGAAGCAUGCUUACUUCGAGAAACUACAUGGUCUUUCUAAAAGUAAUUAUUUAAAAAGAAAUUGGGGAGGAAAGGUUUCUGUUAAAUCUCUAUGAAACAUUACAUUGUAGAAGAGGGGGCUAUUCCUAAAUAUUUUCACAAAAUGCAUGGUUUAAUCCAAUUUUCACCUUACUACCUUUUCAAUGCAGAAGAAACAAUUCACGUGUUAGCACAGGUGUGGCCUGGAUGCCCUGUCACCUGCCAGGUAGUAACCCAGUGGUGUUUUUUGCAGAAGUACAAUAUGUUGAGAAUCCUGGGGGUGACCAAUGUGGAAUAAAGAAGAAAGCAGAAAGAGAGCAAAUGAAAAUUACAACUUGUAUAUUUAUUUUUUACAUUUUGCUUUGACUUUCAAAUUUAAGAAGUACGUUUUUACUCAAGAAAUGUUUGAGUUCCUCUGUCAGUCGCAAUACUGACACUUCUCCUUCCUAAUCCCAUAGCUCUUUAUGCUGGGAAAGCUGAUUUUUUAAAGAAAAAAAAACAAAAUAUUUAAUCUUAUUAAGUGUUUAUUUAAAAUAUGUCAUGCUUUGAAAUAAUGGGUAACAGAUAACUAAAGGAUAUGUUUAUACAGUGAGCAUGUUGGUUCCAUUUAUAAAUAUAUGUAUGAUUUAUAAGCUUUUUUAAAACAAAGCCAAAAUUGUUGGUAUUUUUCUAAAAUGUGCACAGCUGUAUUUUACAUGAAAGGCUCUUUCUAAUGGGUUGUUAUACUGUACUCUACAUUUUGGACAGCACAUGAGGUCUGCCAGUGUACUUAAUAAAACAUGACUUGUUUAUUUAAAGUUUCUUGCUGUGAAAAAGAACUCCCUACCCGUGAGUUCCUUUAUUUAUAAUUCUUGAAACCAAAAUGUAUAAUGUACAGUUUUCACAACUGUAUCUGCUCUAAUAAAAAAAAGUUGGUUAUUUAAAAA